CGCAGAACAGCGUUUCAUUCCUGAGAAGACUGAACUGACGCACAGAUGGUCUGUGGACAAUCUGAAACAUGGACAUACGUCUAUAUCCAUGUAUGGACAUCAACAUGCCGAGAAACUUUACGUUAGGGUACAUUAAUAGUAAAGUUUGCGUCGUUUAAGUCUUGCGUGUUUUUUUUCUUCUUCUAAUUAGACAAGUAACGUUUCCGUUAGGUAGCCUACUUUCUUUUCUUUUUUUUUUUUUUACCAACAGUGAGACAUUGGAGGGUCCCGGUCACAGGCGCAAACUCACAUGCGCCAAAUAAAACAUGUUGCGCUUUUAAAAUGCGUUACGAACUAAGAGGAAGGAUGGCAGUGACCCUGACAAAGGCAGUUAAUCUCAUCACAGGACUAGUCAUUGUUUUCCAGUUACAAAUAAGCUUCAUGAAGCUAAAAUCCGCUUAUGGAGUCUACCGUACUGACACACAGGGGCUGUCUUCUCCAGAGGAUGGGUUGUAUGUAGUCGCAGGGAGCAAGCCCAGGGAGACAAGUCCCAGGUCUGGGGCCCCUGGCUGGGCUGCAGACAACAGAGGCCACUACAGAGACCAGCACCAACCAGAAGAGUCAGAUCCAGACCUGCUGAUGGAGGACGGUCACGACAAUGCUACACAGAUUGUGGACAUUGAUCCCGCCUACUAUACAUCUAAAAUCUACGGUUCUGGAGACUCAGCCAGCAAAGAGCUGUGGGUGAACAUCGAUGAGAUGGAAGAGGAUGAGUGGAAGGUCUGUGGCUUCCUGUCCAGCAUCCACAGACAAGCUGAGAGAGUGAAUCUUUCCUUCAACUUCCCUUUCUACGGACAUAUACUAAAAGAAAUCACAGUGGCAACUGGAGGUUUCAUUUACACUGGAGAUAUAAUUCACCGAAUGCUCACAGCCACUCAGUACAUCGCCCCUUUGAUGGCAAAUUUUGACACAAGCCUGUCCCAAAACUCGACUGUGUUUUACUUUGAUAACGGCACUGCCCUGGUGGUUCAGUGGAACCGGAUGUACCUCCAGGACAACAUCAGUCUAGGAUCUUUCACCUUCCAGGCCGCUCUGCACAGUGACGGACGUAUCAUCUUUGCAUACAAAGAGAUUCCUUUAGACAUCAACGGCAUCAGCACUGAGAAUCAUCCUGUCAAGGUGGGCUUGUCGGAUGCUUUUGUGGUUCUUCAUGAGAUAGAGCAGAUCCCCAAUGUUCGUCGGAGAACCAUUUAUGAGUAUCACAAAGUCGACAUCCUCAAGUCCAAAAUCUCCAAUUCUACAGCUGUGGAGAUGCUACCUCUCCCAACAUGUCUCCAGUUCUCCAGCUGUGGUCCAUGUGUCACUUCUCAGAUUGGCUUUAACUGCAGCUGGUGCAGUCGGCUACAAAGAUGCUCCAGUGGCUUUGAUCGUUACCGGCAGGACUGGGUCGACCUUGGCUGCCCGGAGGAGAGAAGAGAUCUCCGGUGUCUUCGAAUGACAGACGUAACAAACGCCACAUCUCGCCACCUCACACAUACGACCACUCCUGUUACAGCGACCGCAAUGCAUCAGAAGACCUCCAGCAUGACCUCCAUCCCCCUCCACAGUACAUCCACUGUCACCAACCCCUCAACACAUAGCAGCACAAGCAGAAGAAUAAUAUCCACUCAACAGCCUCCUACCAGCAAACCUGCUGAAGAUGACACAAAGAUGUCUUUGCACAUCAAUGAAGCACAAGACGAGGAGACCACAGGAGAGAGCGAUGGGCCACAGACUGGUCUUCUGGCAGGAAUCAUCAUGGUGAUGGUGAUCAUCGGAGCAGCCGUCCUUGUGUCUGUCUACAUGUACAACCACCCCACCUCCAGCGCCAGCCUCUUCUUCAUGGAGCGGCGACCGACCCGGUGGCCAAUCAUGAAGUUCAGACGGGGCUCCGGGCGCCCUUCUUACGCCGAGGUGGAGGCUCCUGGUCAGGACAAAGACGGCAUGGUGGUCAUCGACCCCAAACAGUCUUUUGUCAUGUCAGACAGAAGAGAGAGUGAACAGAAAGAAGGAUUCAUAGUUCCUGAUCAGAGGGAGCGCUUCUUAGUCUCAGAGAACUCCUGACCAAAACUACGUAUCCCAGAAAGCUUUGGGACAGAGCUGGACCUCUAUGUGAGGGAGACUUUAUUUCCAUUCAGCUGUUGCUCAAAGUCGUUUUAAGGACAGACUUUGAGUGUUCGGAGAGGAAACCGCCAAGCCUCUAUGAGGAAAAUGUAACUACAGAAUAUUUUAUUCAGUUUUUAGGCAUAACAUAAAAAAGAUAAAAACUUGUGAUGCCUGCGUCACAAAGAGCGAGAGGUGACGCUGCUGAAUGUUUAAGACCAUUUCUCUCAAAGACGGCUGUUAUUUUCCAGAGCUGUUAUGCGUCGUUUCAAACCUUCACAAGGAGGAAUGUCAUAUUCGGGUGUCAUUUCCUCAUCUCAAAAAUACAGACUAAAUUCCUCACCAUUACACCCACCUUCAUCUGAGGGGCGAACAGGGUGCACAGUGUUUUCACUGCUGUUUACCUCCGAGCAUAACAUUUUUACAGUGAAGCAAAGCCUGCAACCUUUUGAAUUUCUACUUUAUUUUCUGAACUUAAUAAUAAAGGCAGAAAACAUAAUUACUGAUUAGUUUCUUGUACAAACAUCCACAACCAUGGAAAAAAGUCUCGCAACAAUUUUCUAAACAUGCUAUAAUUGUUCCCCAGGGUUGGGUCAGAUUACUUUGAAAUGUAAUCCAUUAUUGACUACAAAUUACAUGGCAAUGUUUGUAAUCAGUAACGUAAUCAGUUGGAUUACCCAAAAGAUGUAACGUAAUCUGAUUACUUUAGGAUUACUCUUAGUUCACUUCAAUAAAUAUGCACCUUAAGUAAAAGACACCGCCACAGAAUUGAUCAAUGAAUUCUCAUUUUAUUUUUCUCUUUAUUUCAUUACAUCUAAAAAAUCUUUUUGCUCUCAUUAAAGCAUUCCUGUGUGAACUAACUAAAAACAUACUUUCUUUACUCUGAACAUAUCCGUAAAAGGUGAAAUAACUGAAACCAUUAGUUUAUCAUCAUUGGACCACCUGAUAGCUAGCCAUAGAUAUAUAUAUUGACUAGAUGUUGCCUUGGGCUUCUAAGCAUGCGUCAACACCGCCGCCAUUUUGGAACGGGGGUCUGUAGGUUGCGCUUGUCAUAGGAAGUAGCUAACUCUGCUAUCUCCGCCUGUACUUAGAACACAUAGAUAUUUAUACUGAUGCCGGACUUUUGUGCUGCUUAUGGACGUUCAACCACAGGAUGACACCAUGUGUCUCUCAGCUGUUGACAUGUCAUCUGUGGUGCCAGCUGAGGACGACGAUGACAACAUUGCAUCCUCUCCCUUUGAGUUAAUCACUGGUGUUGUGUUGGACCAUAGU